GUUAUUGUUUUUUUUUUGCUAAAUUUUCUUUUAUUUGAAGUUAGUAAACGAACUUUGAUAUUUUGGUCAUCAUCUUGAUUACUUGUGAGCAAUCACAAUCACUCGCCAAUAUUUUGGAAAACAACAAUGCUUCGUAAAAUAUGGCACGUGUAACUAAAAACGUAAGGGCUAUAUAUUUUCUGGAUGCAUUAAAGUUAUUUCAUGAAACACAAUGGCUUUACAAUAUUCCAGUCACCGACUUACUAACAAGUGGCGUACUUGAUUUAUUUCCAAAAAAAUGGUUGCAUGCAUUACAAAUUUUAGAAAAUGAAGAACUUAAUGAUUUUGUUGUAAGCAAAAGAAUAAAGCCUGAGUGGUCUGAGACUUUAAAACUCUUUGUUGAAAAAUGUAGGUACAUAGAUCAAUUACCAACUAUAAAUAAUAUAGUAGAAGCUAAAUUACCAAAAAGCUUUCAAAUAGGACUCAGUUGUAAAAAGCAACACGAAAUAAUGAAUUUAGCCCAUUUGAUACAUAUGCAGUGUACAUCGCAAAACAUUAAAGUUAUUGUUGAUCUUGGUGCAGGUUUGGGAUAUAUCUGUCAGUUGUUACAUAAUUUAUAUGGUUAUAAAGUACUUGGAUUAGAAAAAAAUCAAGCAAUUAUAAAUAAUGCUCAAGAUAGACAAGCAAAGAUGUACCCUAAUUCAUUAGCACAUGUCAGAUAUAGUUGUUGUAAUUUAACAUGUGCUUCUGCAGAAACAAUAGAAACCAUCUUAUAUAAUGAAUUUGAAGAAAAGUCAGAUGUUUGUUUAAUUGGUUUACAUGCAUGUGGAGAUCUAAGUAUAGAUGCAAUAAAAAUAUUUUAUAAGAUGCAAGUAGCACGUAUCUUCAUUAUGGUUUCAUGCUGUUAUCAUAAACUUUCAAUAUCAAUAAGUAUGCAAACAGAUUCAUUGAUUAAAAAACAGUAUUUUAACAACUUUCCUUUAUCUAAUUGCCUUAAAACUGUAAUCAAUAAUUCUGAUUUUGAUACUGGUUUCUUCUUAAGACAACCAUUUUUACGAUUAGCAUGUCAAGAACCAGCGGACAGAUGGUGUAACAUGUCUGUAAAAACUCACAAUGAACAUUCCUUUUAUGUUCUUGCAAGGGCUGUUCUUCAGUUAUAUGCAGCUGAAAAUGGUUUUUCCCUUAUGAAGCAAACUCAAAAAGGAACAAGAAAAUCGCAGUGUUUAAAUUUUGAAUCUUAUGUUAAGGAUUCGUUAAACAGAUAUAUUUUACAACCCUCCAAAGGAAGGAAAGAACAAGGUAAUAUAGAUGUACAAUCUACUCCGGAUAUACAUGAGAAAAAUAUAGUAAAGCUGUGGAAAAGCCAUUGUGAUAAAUUGAAAAUUGUAGAAAUUUAUAGCGGUUUACAAUUAAUGUUACAAGCGGCAGCGGAAUCGUUUAUUUUACAAGAUCGAUUAUGUUGGAUGGAAGAACAAGGUUUAAAAGCAACAAUUAUUCCAGUUAUGAAUAAACAUUUAUCUCCACGGUCAUAUGCAAUUGUAUCACAAAAAAGAUAAUAAACGUUAUAAAUUAGUAUCUUU